GUCUCCAUAGAGCUGUUUCCAAAAAGCUGGACGAGGCGGAACUUCUCCAAAAAAAAAAAAAAAAGAAAACAACCCAAACAUCCCGGAAGACUUUACGCAUCCGUCAAAGCUGAUUGAACUAAAGAGAUACAAAAAAAAGAAAAGAAAACUCAAUCUGUCGGGCUUUUUACAGACAAAGACACACACACAAAGGCAUUUCUCGUUUUUUUUUAAUUAAUUUUAGCAAAAAACUCUCCAAGAUGCCUGAAAUCUGCGCGUAAAUACGCACCGGGAGACCUCGAAAGGAAGUUCUCACAUCUCAACAGAAGAGGAAGAAGAGGAGGACAAAGACAGAGAAUAAGAAGAGUGUUUCUCUCACAUCGCAGCCAUGGACUCGGGGAAGCAAGUAACGUUUACGUUGAUGCUGAGUGUCGGAGCAGCUGUAAUUGGCUCCCUGCAGUUCGGCUACAACACCGGAGUCAUCAAUGCCCCUCAGAAGGUCAUUGAGAAGUACAUCAAUGAGACGUGGUACGAGCGAUACCAGGAGCCCAUCACCAAAAGCUCCCUCACGGGCAUCUGGUCCCUCUCGGUCGCCAUCUUCUCUGUUGGCGGCAUCUUUGGCUCCUUCUCCGUCGGACUCUUUGUCAACCGCUUUGGAAGGAGGAACUCUAUGCUCAUGGCCAACGUCCUGGCCUUCAUCGCAGCCACUCUGAUGGGCUUUUCGAAGAUGGCGGGGUCCUGGGAAAUGCUAAUCGCUGGUCGUUUUGUGGUGGGCCUCUACUCCGGCCUCUCCACAGGCUUCGUGCCCAUGUAUGUGGGUGAGGUUUCCCCAACAGCCCUCCGAGGAGCCCUGGGCACCUUCCACCAGCUGGGCAUCGUCGUCGGCAUCCUCAUUGCACAGGUGUUUGGAAUGGAGUCCAUCAUGGGCAACGAAGACUUGUGGCCGCUCCUGUUGGGCUUCACCUUCAUCCCCGCUGUGAUUCAGUGCAUCCUGCUGCCUCUCUGCCCCAAGAGCCCCCGUUUCCUGCUCAUCAACAAGAACGAAGAGAACAGGGCCAAGUCUGUGUUGAAAAAGCUCAGAGGCACCACAGAUGUGAGCUCUGACAUGCAGGAGAUGAAGGAGGAGAGCCGGCAGAUGAUGAGGGAGAAGAAGGUGAACAUCCUGGAGCUUUUCCGCUCGCCGCUCUACCGCCAGCCCAUCCUGAUCGCCAUCGUCCUGCAGCUCUCCCAGCAGCUGUCUGGCAUCAACGCUGUAUUCUACUACUCCACUCGUAUCUUUGAGAAAGCCGGAGUUGCGCAGCCUGUCUAUGCCACCAUCGGAGCCGGUGUAGUUAACACUGCUUUCACUGUGGUGUCGCUGUUUAUCGUAGAGCGUGCAGGACGCAGGUCUCUGCACAUGGUGGGGCUGCUGGGAAUGGCCGGAUCUGCCGUCUUAAUGACUAUUGCCUUGGCUCUGCUGGACCAGCUCAAAUGGAUGUCAUAUUUGAGCAUCGUGGCCAUCUUCUCCUUCGUGGCGUUCUUUGAGAUCGGACCGGGUCCAAUCCCCUGGUUCAUCGUGGCAGAGUUGUUCUCGCAGGGACCCAGGCCCUCCGCCUUUGCUGUGGCUGGUUUCUCCAACUGGACCGCUAACUUCAUAGUGGGAAUGGGCUUCCCGUAUGUAGAGGAGCUGUGCGGCCCCUACGUCUUCAUCAUCUUCACCAUACUGCUGCUCGUGUUCUUCGUCUUCACCUUCUUCAAAGUGCCGGAGACCAAGGGUCGGACGUUUGACGAGAUCUCGGCCGGCUUCCGCCAGACGGCCGGCGGCGGAGCAGAGAAGCACUCGCCGGAGGAGCUCAACAGCCUGGGAGCCGAUUCUCAGCUCUGAGUGACUGAUUCCAACCUCUAGAAAACUCCUUUCUUUUUUUUGUUGGGACCGAGGAGGUUAACGAGAACAGUCUACCUUUCUAGAAGUAGACACAUACAUUUGUAGAAUAAUUUUCACACUGUCACCACAUUUCGGGCAUUAUUACCAAAACGAACAGCCCUGUGUGAUUUGUCCUACAUGACGUCCUCUGCUGUCCCUCUCAUGUCACACAAGGAAACAAAAACUCUAUGUUCGCCUGCUCUGGAGGGGGCAGUUGAGGAUAGAUGGGGAAGGAAUAUUUUAAAGAUAUUUUAAAGAAGGAAAAGGAGUUUUUGCAUCAAUCAACCUACCUUUUUUUUUUUUUUUUUUUUUUUUAAUCUUUCCUUUUUUUCACUGAACAUAUAACUGAUAUCUGCUUAUGCUCUGUUCUUUGUUGCUUGUUACCAUACAGUCAGUUUGUUACUAUCUGUUUUUUUUUAAAACUCCACAGCUGUAGAGAUCUGUUUCACUGUGCAAAACUCUUGUUUUUAUAAAUCAUACUGUAAUGCUGUAUCACUGUAGACAGUAGCUCUGUAGAUGCUGCACAGCUCAACGUUGUCUCUCCCCACCAGAUGGGGCACUGCGCUUAAAAAAAAAAAAAAAAAAAAAAAAAAAGGUCCCAACGCUCCACUGAUGUGGGAUAACUUAUUUGUACCUUUUUAAGUUACUGAGUACACAAACUGUGAUAUAUCAGUGUAUUGCUGCGAGGAUUUAAAUCUUCUUACUGAAAUAAGCGCUCCACAUAUUAUACGAUGUUUUUACCUAUUUACUCCUUAUGGAUAAUAUUUAACUCUUUUUAUUGUUAGACAAAAUACUUUUCUUAGUGAGAAUGUACUUUUUUUUAAAUAAGAUUUAUGUCCACAACGACAGAUAUAUCAAGAAAUUCAUCCACCAUUCAUGUAUUUUUACACCCUUUUUUAGCAGUAAAUUUGAUGAAAUGAAUAUUGACGUGAAUCUGUGCAAGAGGAACCAAAUCUGCACGGAUCAGUACCAGAACGCUGAACUUGGCAGUGGAGUAGAAUAAAUAAAUCAUCCAUCCAUUUUACCGUGACAUGAGAUAAGUACGCAUUCACAAUCGGCAGCCACAAAACCAAAAAAAAAAUAAAAAAAUCUGUUUCACAGAACCAGAAUAUUUGUGAGAUUAAGUGCCCGUCUGAAGCAAUCGAGCCUUCAGCCUUUACAGCCUUAUUAUCACUGAGGAGCGGUUUGAGGUCGGGUCGGCCUGAUCCAGACUGAAAGCUUCUGUCAGCUGACGAUCUUCCAUUUAAGUAUUUUGGAGCUGAGAUUACCUGUAGGGCUUUCAAAGUCUGGAGAAUUGUCUUGAGAGCUGAAUCUUUUCACUCAAACAGAGGCUGCAGUGCUGCACACUGUUCCUCUGUGACAACUAAGAAGCAUCUUCAGAAAAAUUGCAGAAAGAAAAAAAAAAGAAGAAAUAAUGGGGACCAAAGUGACUGUUGGCCUUUUUUUACGAAGGAUGUCUUCAUCCUGAAAAGUGCCUGUCACCUCGUCUUGGGUCAACCCCCCCCCGGUGUUCCUUUACGUGUCAAAGGAGGUGGACACAUAUUGCUUUGCUGCAAGGCUUUGUUUUUGUGCCUUGGAUUCUGCAGUAUUGUUAUCUCUCUCUCUCUCUCUCUCUCUCUCUCUUCGGGUAGUGUGCUGCACUGUAUUCAGUAGCUGGUGAAAUGAAACUAUGUAGUUUAGCUGUUCGGGUCGCCGUCUAUGACUGCUGUAUCACUCGUUGAAACCUUUCUUUUCUUUAAAUGCGUUGUUUGAGGAAAGUUACCUUUUUAGCAGCACUUUAUUAUUCACAGAGAUAUUUCUUUGUCGUUUUUUUUUUUCUUUUCCUUUUUUUACUCGCAGUGUGGAAUCUUUGUUACUGAAGAGAGACUGACUACGUUUUUUGAAAAUGGAACUGUGUGAAAAAGUGUAAUUUGUUCAUCUUCUAUUACGGCCAUGUAUUAAGCAAAUUUAGCCGAGUGAGGACUUUGCUCCAAAUUGAAUUCAGUAGUCCAAAAUCCAUUUUAAUCAUUCCAUAAUUUGGUUGUUAAUUAUUGUAUAUAGCAUAUCUAUAUUUUGUCAUUUGACGGGUGGAGUCACCCUCCCUGGAAAGCACUGUAACAAAUCCACUUAUUGUGCCUUUUGUGUGGCUUUCACAUAUCUUCACCAGCAGAAAUGUAAUGGCACCAAAUGAUGUCCUAACCAACACAGACGGAUGUCGGCUGCAAAUAUCAAAACUGUAUUUUAUGUACAUACAUUCACAAAUUUGCUCGGGCAUUUGAUUUUUUAAAUGUAGCCUUUUUAAAUCUCCUGGUUGGUGGUCUAAGCACACAACAUGAUGUAAAUAUGAAAACACACUACAGCCUCACCCACUCCAAAUUCAUAAAAUAUUUAACUUUUAGAAACUUUGGAUAGAUAAAUUAAUGAUUAGUACUGUAGAGCUGUACAUCUCUAUGCUUUUAGCCUACAAACUUACUACUAUUCCCUUUUUGAUUUUAUACCUGAGGACAUGUUGUGGCCUAAUAUUAGCGUCAUCAUUUUAAGUCAGAUUUUACAUGUAGGAUUGUGUUAAAGAGACAAAUUCAGUAGUCUUUUCAUUUUAGUGCACAGAGCAUAUUCUAAUGUUUGUCAUAAUAAAAUAUCUGCCUGUAUGGUUUUUGGAUAUUGGAAAUAUGAAUUGAGAUGGAUGGUGUCCUGAAUGGUUACACAGUCUUGUGUAAGUGGUUUAAUGCUGAAUAAAAGAACUCUUGCA